AUGUAUCACAACGGUUCCAGCCAACGUACACGAAAAGACCAGGAGGAAAGAGCAGUCGGCGGGCAGAAGGGAAAUACCAAAGAGUUUUGGGCUGUUAUCAGAUUCCCUUAUGAUGACCUUAGAGCUUUGUCGCCCAUAAUCGAGCAAAUAUGUCGUUCUGGGAAGUGUAUACAACCAGUCGGCGUGUAUGAAGUAUCGAGAUCUCCCUCAAAUAAGAGCAUGGGAAGACCUGGCGGCAAUGGACACCCGCCGGAUGCUGCAGAUCAGAUGAUUGUGACCGACCGGUCCGAUCAGUGCGUUCUGGACGGGCACGCUCGCACAGGGACUUUACCCGCAGCCUUGCCAGUCGUGUCUGCAGACAAUCUGUAUCUUGCUGCCUCAGAGAUGCAGACACGUGUCACGCAGGGAUCUAAGCCUGCGCCCAUCCCUAUGUCUGCAGCAGGGGUCGAUGCUGCGGUCUUGUUGCCUUCCGACUUUCGAAUCUUGGGCAGGAAGAUUAUCGACGAUCCCCGGCAGCCCCUUUUCUACAUCGAUGCCCGGGGACGGGAGCGUCCUUUCAUAGCCCUGAUGGAUACGGGGGCCGAAGUCACAGUGGCCCGUGUAUCAGUUGCAAGACGAGGAAAUGCGUGCACUGUCAAGCGAGAUUGCCCGGUGCGGCUGGCAGCGUUUCAUGGCCAAACAGUAACCAGCAAGGAAUAUGCGUGGCUUGAUCUGCAUAGACAGGGCAGUCGACAAAGAGGUCAACCGAUCAUGGUGUGGCUGCUGGAAGAUAGGCUUCUCCCUUUUGCUGAUGCUCAUCUGGGUCGCAAAGAUGCUCUAAUCCUCGGGCUCAGAUGGUAUUGGGAAUAG